CUUACGUGCGGAUCUAAUAUUUAAUCUAAAAAACAAUAAGAUAAAAUAACAAAAAUAAAGAAAGAGGAGGAGAGAUAAAGUCGAGAAAUCAAGUCGGCCCAUCCGUGAGAGAAAAAUUUGUGAAUUGAGUGAAUGUCAAGUCAGUUCACCAGAGCUGUCAAAUUUUGUGAUGAUCGGUUUAUGGAUCGGUUAAUGGAGGACAAUGGUUUAUUGAUUUGUGGAUUGAUUAAAUCGACAGUUACCGGUUAACAUCGACGAGUUUGAAUUGUAAGUAGUUUCUUCGAGAGUUAUGGAGAAAUGAUGGAAUUAUGGAAUUAUGGAAUUAUGGAACCCAGCACUAUCACGAGUUGUUGAGAGUUUCGUUGAUAAGCACGAUGUAACAGUGUUCUCCAAUCCUUUACCCUUGACUAUUGAUGGUUGUUGGUUUUUUUGGUUGAUUCGAUGAAUUGUUGAAAGAUUGGGAAUGUGAUUCUGAUGAUUCUGAGCACGUGGUGAGAGGUAGAUAUUCCCUGAGCACAUCCUGACACCAUUAUCACCUGGUUAUUUAGUAUUUUCUGAAAUUGAUGAGUUUUUUAUUGAAAGCACAAGUAGUUUAUUGGUUGUACCAGUAACGAGGUGGAUACGUAUCGUCGAAUGUAGGAAUACCUUGGGGAAGUGGCAGAUUUGGCCGAUGGAGAUGAUAACAGGAAGUGAAUGACUGAUGACUCUCUGAAGAAUAACUUGGAGCAAGUGUUGGGUGUUAUUGAUCCAUCGGUGGAUUUAAUCGUGUGGUUUAUCACACGGUGUUAUCUUCUUGGAUACGAUAAAGGGUGAAGAGUUGGCCGUAUGCGAGUACCAAGGUCAGAGGUGUGGAACCAGAGGAUUUACAGUAAUCAGGAGAUCAUCGUCAACGAUCGGGUCAUCAAUGCCAUUUGGAGGGAUCCAACAUCACCACCAGCGACUCUGGCAGGGCAAUUGCACACGCCUACUGGCGACGCCGGCUGUGAAAAGGGAUACGAGAGUCAGAUAUUGGACUCCAGGGCUUCUGACGAGCACCAGAGAUCAACGGUGCUAGCUUGCCCUGAACGUGGUUCAGCAACUCCUGCAAUCACGACGACCUCCACGACCACCACGGGCACUGCCUUCACGGUCGCAUCAAGUAUGCUUCUGCUGCAGACACAGAGCCCAUUCGGAUGCAGCAGCUUUGCAGAUCUCCUAAGUGCCCCUUACACAGACCCUACGGAUGCUGCGAAUUUACCCGAAGAACUCGAUCCAUUUCCUGAGCUUCAGCUCGGGAAUCCCCAGAACGUCCCCGAAGACGUCCCCAUGCAUCAGCAGAUGCAGCAUCACAGGCCAUUACCUAGCGAUGUCCAUACAGACUCCCUCAGUCCCACACCCUUGCCGAGCUUUCAAGAGACCUACACAGUGCAUCAGCGAUACACUCGUCAAGAACUUCAGAGUCUUGGAAUAAAAAUGGAUGACGAGUGUUUCGAUGCAUUGCAGUACGCCUGCAACGAUCCAACAUACGCCGGUGAAUUUUCCGCGACUGUCCCUUAUCACAACCCCCAGCAGCAUCAUUACCACCAUCACCAGCGGCACGAGCAUCAUCAUAACAUACCACCAACGCUGACGCCUCCACCGGCUUCGGCUAAUUUACCUGGUUCACCACCUCCAGCUUCUUCUCCACCACAGCCACCACCUCCUCCACCUCCACCACCACCUGGUUAUUUCUCCACAAUAUCAACGUCCAAUCCUGCUGUUACGAUACCACAGAGCACAGUAAUUCAUCAACGGGACAUGUACUCGAGUGUACCAAUGGCAACUCCAUACGGACAAUCACCGAGUCUCGGUGGUAACAAUGUCAUACGGUCGCGAGCACCAAUGCUCCAAAGAUCUGAUUCCACCAGUAGUGGGAGUAAUCAGGAAUCACCGAAGCCUCGGAGGAGUGGUUCGAGUGGUAAUCUCACUUCCAUACCGUCACCUGGAGGUUCUGAACGUGCGCCGCAAAGUCCGAGUCAACUCUGCGCUGUUUGUGGUGAUACGGCUGCCUGUCAGCAUUAUGGGGUGAGAACUUGUGAGGGAUGCAAGGGCUUUUUCAAGCGGACAGUGCAGAAGGGCUCUAAGUACGUCUGCCUGGCGGAGAGAGCUUGUCCCGUGGAUAAACGACGGCGCAAUCGAUGCCAAUUUUGUCGAUUCCAAAAGUGUCUCAAAGUUGGCAUGGUUAAAGAGGUGGUAAGGACCGAUUCAUUGAAAGGUCGUCGAGGUAGACUCCCGUCCAAGCCAAAAUCACCUCAAGAAUCACCACCAAGUCCGCCCAUAUCCCUGAUAACUGCCUUAGUCCGAGCGCACGUUGACACAACCCCUGACUUAGCUAAUCUGGAUUAUUCCCAGUACUGUGAGCCAGGUGUGAACGAUGUACCCGUCACCGAGGCUGAAAAAAUUCAACAAUUCUACAAUCUCCUGAUGACGUCUGUCGACGUGAUUCGCAAUUUCGCAGAUAAAAUUCCUGGGUUCACUGACUUGACAAAGGAGGACCAGGAAUUACUCUUCCAAUCAGCGAGUCUUGAACUCUUUGUACUGAGGCUGGCUUACCGCACUAGAGCUGAUGAUUCUCGAUUGACAUUUUGCAAUGGAGUCGUAUUAACGCGUGCACAAUGUCAGAGAAGUUUUGGGGAUUGGCUGCAUGGAAUUCUUGAAUUCUGCCAGGCACUCCAUACCCUCGAUGUGGAUAUCAGUGCAUUUGCCUGUCUCUGUGCUAUCACCCUCAUCACAGUGAGACAUGGUCUGAAGGAGCCGCAUCGGGUUGAGCAGCUCCAGUCGAAAAUAAUAUCAUCUCUUCGGGAUCAUGUGACGUACAACGCCGAGGCCCAGCGAAAGACCAAUUAUUUAUCCCGACUCCUUGGAAAAUUACCAGAGCUCAGGAGUCUGUCAAUUCAGGGUCACCAGAGGAUAUUCUACCUGAAAGUGGAGGAUCUUGUACCAGCACCGCCCCUCAUCGAGACAAUGUUCGUCGGUACUUUACCAUUCUAGAAUGGAAUUUAAUACAAUUAUCACCCAGAAUUUUGAUUUAUAUUCAUCCAGCCAAGACCUCGAUUGUGAUGGCUCUCGCAUUAAUUUCUCUUCUUGAAUUCCAACAAUUCCCAAAGAAAAAGAAUCUCAUUGGAAAAGCAGAGCAAUUACAAGGAUAAUAAUCGUAAUGAUCCCAAUUGUCACCUCACGAUUCGGAUCUAGGGCUUUUUUUUUCGAAUACGAGGAGAAAAAUCAUCGCGGGGGAAUAGAUGAUGAUGGAAAAAUCAAUAUCGAGGUGAAACCUUUCAACAUAUCAGGACAAAACGAAGGGGUCUAAAGGUUACCUCAAAGAUGAAUUUUGUUUACCCUUUGAUGUUUAUAAAAUACUCACAACGAGGCACGUUUUUAUUGCCAUUAUGAUUAAAUAAUAAAUGAUAAUUAUGUACGUGAAAUUUCGUGAACCCUUCGUACCAGUCCUCAUAUUUACAUAUAUGUGAUUUUAGAAUUUUAAGAGAAUGAAAUAUAAAAUUAAACGGCAUCGUACUCGAAAGUGAUGUGCACUCCAGGGUUAAUGAUUAUUAGGUAGAUUUUAAAAAGAUUAAAAUGAAUUACCAUGAUAUGAUUUUAGUAGAUUUAAAAUAUUUUAACGUAAUUGUAUAAAGAUGAUACCUUGGUAGGAAAAAAGAAAAAAAAAAUACGUAAAUUGUUUGAUUUUUAUUGUUAGCGAUGACGAUGCCGUGGCAUAAAGUUACCUAUUAAUUUACGAGACAUUAAUUUUAAUCAAACUAACUUAGAAAAUUGAUACAUAAGUGAAAUUUCUAUUUAUACGUAAUUUUACGCUAUUUUACCAUUCACUGUUUAUCUGCCGCUGUUUUCACUUAUUGUCUUCACUCCUCCAAUUUACAGAUGUUAUAAUAUCUAUUAUCUAUUUUAUGUCCCAGCCCCCUAUCUGCCGGUCCUAAUGUUGCAAUUAGCAUUGUCAAAUCACUCACUUUUUCAACUGCAUAUUUACAAUUUUCGUAAAUAAUAGUAACAACAUUAAGGAAAUAAAUAUAUCGAGAUGUUGAAUUCUCUUAAUCGUGCCUCCUCCCUAGAAAUUACUGUACGAUUUAAUAUAUUUCGAGAGAAAUGGGAAUUACAUGUGUCUUUUCUAUUUGUUUUUACUCAUUUUUUUUUACACCAUCAAAGGUCCAGUCAGUUGGAUGAUUAUUGAAGCAUCACUCUCUAAAUUAAUUAAUUCCCUUCAGGUGCACAAUUUAAAUGAUUUAUCUAUUGCCCAAAAUGCACAGAAUAUUUUCACUCUACGAUCUAAAGAUUUGUAAGAAAAAAUUAGAUGCAUAUAAUUGUUGUAUCACCUAGAGAUUCACCAGUCAUUUAUAAAAGAAAAAUAGAUAAUUAUGAUUUUUGGAAUAACUAUUUUGAUGGUUGUUUUCGAUUUCGAAUCACACUAUCCCACCACCUAAUCGUACAACAUAGGUAGACGAAGAAUUUUUUCAUAAAAAAAUUGAAUGAAAAAUAAUGAAGAAAAAAAAAAAAUAUGAUAGAGUUGACUUUACACGAAUUUGUUACUUAUAUUAUACUGUAUGAGUUACGAAGAGUUUUAUGCAUUCAAUCGCCAAUGGCCUCAAAGAAUAUAUUAAAAAAAUGGAAAAAAAAAAAGUAAUUCUCGAUUUAUAUAAAAAUCCAUUAUUAUUUUUUAAUAGUGAUUGGCCAGUACUGAAUGAAUGUGCGCAUUUAUCGCGGAAAUUGAUGAGAUUUUAUGAAUAUGAAUGUAUUUUUAAAGAAAAGGGAAGAGGAGGCCCCGAUGCCCUUGAGCACUGAGAAAAAUAACUUUUGCAUAACUAUUUAAUUGUGAGAGAGGGAGAGAUAUUAAAUUUUUGUGGGAGAAAUUUUUAUUAUUUUAUUAUUGCUAUUGUAUACCUGACUAUUUCGCACACGCGAGAGAAAAAAAAAACCUUUAAUAAAUACAGUGACGAUUUAUCCUGCUGCGACCUGAUAAGAACAUCACUCAAUUAUUAAUUACAGUUAAAUAAUGACUAAUGUUAUUAAUAUGCUUAGAGGAUGAUCGAAUCGAAUUCGAGAUCGAGAGAUAUUAGUAGAGAAGUGGUAAAAGUCCAAAAUUCACGAUGGAUUUAUGAAAAAUUAUCGAACAACUAUUUUACCGAAUUUUAUCACCUCCAUAAAAAGCCUCUUUAUAUUUUCGGCUCUAAUAAACAAUUAAAUACAGCGAUCACUUGUUGCUGAAGUCAUUCCAAUUUUUUUUCGUCAAUAAAAGAUUCUUCAGACCCCUGCAAUGAUCGGUGUAAUUAUUAACACCUCGUUACCGAUAAUAACGAAUUAAAAAAAAUGAAAGAUAAUUACACAAUUGAAAUUUUCACGAAAAAAUUUUUGACGGGAAGAAAAAUAAAAUUGUGAAUCGAAAUUCUUCUGGAAUCUCUCCAUUUUCAAAUAUUCUCCGAGUAAUUCCAUCCUGUGGGGAGGAUUUAUCACUUUUUUACUGAAAUCCUAGAGGAAAAAUAAAUCGGUGCCAGUGACAUACGCAGGAACGAUAAUAAUGCGUACCACAAAGUUGUAUUAAAAAUAAAAAUCAUGAGAAAAAUAAAAUUCCGUGACCUUUUUAAACACAUCUUCGCGCGUAACAGAGUUUACGCUGCGCGCGUUCAUCCACGAAUCACUGCUGUAAAGAAUCCAUUAUAUGUUAUAUUAAAUAUAAAUUAAUAUGAAAAUAUAACGACUCUGUUAGGCGCCGGUCCACAGCUUUAUACAAUAGUUGAAAAAAAAAAUAAUAAUAAUCGAGAGACAAUUCAAAUGGAAAAUUGUCGGUUCGUUUCUCCCUUGUACGAUAUAUCACCAGUGAGAAGAAAUGUUUCAUACAUGAAGAAUAGCCUACGCGUGUUUUUACAGAUCCACGAAAUAUUUGAGAUGAAUUAAAAAAUGAAAAGUAAGAUGAGGUAAAAUUAAUUGGAGCGUGAAAAACUGAAGAUUAAUAUGGCAAUCGUCAUGGAUAUAUUUUAUAGAUGAAAAAUUUGAGAUUAAAAAUGAUAUAUUUAUGAGAAGUAAUUGAUAUGUGAUAUAUAGGUGAUAAGGCACGCAGAAA